AUGAGUGAUGAUGGAAAGCAGCUGUACAGGGCGUGUGAUUCAUCAGAUCCACAAGAGGCGUUGCAGCUGUCGACCAGUUGGGACCAACAACGUAUUCAAGAUGCUGCCCAAUACAAAGAUAAGCAUGGCUAUACACCACUGCACGAGGCCUGCCGUUACGGUCAUGACAAGGUGCUGGAGAUGCUGUUGAAGCACGGUGCUGAUGCUGAAGCCAAGAACGAUGUCAGUACAAUACCUCCCUCUUCCCCCCUUUACCCCCCUAUGAUGCUGCACCUGUACCUCAUGAUGAUGAUGAUGCUGAUGCUGUACCUGUACGUCAUGCUGAUGCAUCAUCCCACAGUCAAGGUGGUGGAGAUGCUGUUGAAGCACGGUGCUGAUGCUAAAGCCAAGACCGGCGUUAGUACCUCUACCUCCCUCUUCUCGCCUUCUUCCCCCUAUGAUGGUGCACCUGUACCAUAUAAUGGUGAUGAUGGUGAUGGUGAUGCUGUACCUUAUGGCGGUACACCACUGCACAGGGCCUGCUAUUACGGUCAUGUCAAGGUGGUGGAGAUUCUGUUGAAGCACGGUGUUUAUGUUGAAGCCAAGGACAACGAUAGCCAGACACCACUGCACUAUGCCUGCACUUACGGUCAUGACAAGGUGGUGGAGAUGCUGUUGAAGCACGGUGUUUAUGUUGAAGCCAAGAACAACCGCGGCAAAACGCCGCUCCAACUAGCCUGCGCUACCUCGUCUGCCAGCCGAAAGGUUGUCCAGCAACUCUUGCGUCACGGUGCCGACCCAGAUGCGAGAGAUCUUACGGAUGCACGACCCUUGGAUCUGCUUCUAGGCAGGGAUCCCAUCAAACUGGAGGUGGUCGCAGAGCUACUGAGCGCAACCCAAACGCUUUGCUCCUACCAAACUUCAAAUUCCGAUGGUGCGAAUCUGAUUCCCAUGUCAUCCGUCGGCUGGCGCGUGGAUCCUCAAUUGUUCAAUAUCCACGACCUACAAACCCUUGGUGACUGCGUGGCCGCUCUAACGUCCGCCGCUCAAGCUGCACCUACAAAUUGA